AUGGCUGUUGUAAAACACGCUGAAGUUUUUCAGCAAGGGGCAGAGGCCAGAUUGUACAGAUGUGGCUUCUACGGCCGUCCUUGUAUUGUCAAGAAGAGGUUUGUGAAGAAGUACAGGCACCCGACACUGGACACGUCUCUGUCGUCACAAAGAGUCAAAUCUGAAGUGCGGGCCAAUCUCAGAUGCAGGAUGGCCGGUAUCCCUACACCAACCAUUUACUUGGUUGACACUGGCAGCAACAGCAUCUAUAUGGAAGAGAUUCUAGAUGCCGUCACCGUCAGAAGCUACAUUUCUAAAGUUCAAGAUGCUGACGGAAACUGUGCAGAUGUCAGGCUGAAUCCACUGGCUGAAGCCAUCGGAUGUUUGCUGGGCAGAAUGCAUGACAACAACAUCAUACACGGAGAUUUGACCACCUCGAACAUGCUCUUGCAAGGUGACCCAUCUGAUCUCAACCUUGUGCUCAUUGAUUUUGGUCUCAGCUCGUGUGAAGCGUCAGCCGAAGACAAAGGUGUCGACCUAUAUGUGCUGGAACGGGCCUUCUUGAGCUCUCACCCCCACAGUCAGGAGCUGUUUAAGACAAUACUGACUUCGUACAGUGCUGCUGCAAGCAGUGGCAGCAAAUGUAGUGAGGCCCUGGCCAAGCUGGAGGAGGUGAGACAGCGAGGGAGGAAGAGGACAAUGGUUGGUUGA